AUGAUCGAAGCAAUCGGGGAAUCUCGAGAGCGGAGAGUUAUGGAAGAGUACUUGCUCAAGAUUCAACCGUUUGAUCUCGACAAUAUUCCGUCGACAGAGUUACGACAAAGAUGGCUCGAAUAUAAAAAACAAUUCACCUAUAUCUCGAGUGCUAUGAGCAAAAAGAAAAGGAAGAAGUUGAAGAAUAUCUUUUUGGUUGUAGCCGGUCGUCAACUCCAAAGAGUUUACGAAAAUCUUCCUCCAAGGGAUAAUGUUGAGAAUGAUGAAGAAACAGAUGAGUUCAAGAUUCUCAUCGAUCAGCUGGACGGUUAUUUCGCACCAAAGCAGCAUGAUAUGCUCGAACGGUAUACUUUUGGUUCCUUAGUUCCAGACGCUGGGGAAACGCUUGAUAAGUUUUUAUUGCGUGCCCAAGCCGAAGCGAACAAAUGUCAAUUCGGUUCGACCACCGCCGAGAGUAGGGAAAUUGCGGUUAUCGAUAAGUUGUUUAAAAUUAAUUCUGUCGACGAAUCUAACGUGGUUGCUCAUCAAGUGCCCGAAGUCAUGGCUGGAAGUGGAUCAGUCGGAGGUGAAGGUGCCCCCUUUAUAUGUGCUAUUGGAGAAAACCAUGAUGAGCUAAUAUGGUGUCGGAUUGGUGGCAUUACUGUUGAGAUGAUGAUAGACUCUGGAUCGAAAUAUAACAUCAUCGAUGAGUUCACUUGGAAAUUCCUUCGAAACCGUAAUGCUGAGAUCUGCGCAUUGGAACCUUCGAGCAAAUGUUUAACGGCGUAUGCUCAAACAGUAUGUUUAAAUGUUGUUGGUUCUUUCGAAGCUAACAUAUCUGUUGUGAGUGACAAGAAAAAGGCUUGUUUGAGAACUGCAUUCUACGUGAUCAAAGAUGGGAAGCAAAAUUUACUGGGACGUGAUUCAGCCAAGCAGCUAGGAGUUUUACGAAUUGGUUUGCCGAAUACGUGGGAAUCAAAUUCCAUUAAUAAUAUUCCAGAAGAUGUUCAACAUUUUCCAGUCAUUAAAGGGGUCAAAUUACGGAUUGAAAUUGACAUUAGUGUAACACCCGUCGCCCAGCAUGUGCGACGAGUUCCCAUAGCUCUUCGUCAGAAAGUUGAGGAUCAAAUUCAGAAAUUAUUGCAUUCAGGGAUAAUCGAACGAGUAGAAGAACACAGUCCAUGGGUUUCGCCAAUGGUUGUAGUCAUGAAGGAUAAUGGUGAGGUGCGUUUGUGCAUCGACAUGCGCAGAGCGAAUACGGCCAUUAAAAGGGAAUACCAUAUGAUUCCUACUCUUGACGACCUUUUAUCCAGGUCGGUACAUUACAAAAUCCCGUCUCUAAGAGAUAUCGAAACAACCCCGCCGAUUGAUCCGGAAGCUUGCGAUAGAGAUCUGGUGAAUAAAUACCAUGGGAAAGAACGUGAAGAUAACCGACGUCACGCGAAACCUUGUGGGAUAGUUGAGGGUGAUCGCGUAAUAGUUCAAAAUUUAAUAUCGGGAAACAAACUACAGCCCACCUUUGCACCCACCCGCUACGAAGUCAUAAGGAGAAAGGGGAACCAAGUUGAGAUUAAAGACCAGAAUGGGAACACGUUUGUACGGAACACUGCACAUCUUAAAAAGGUGUCGGCAGGUGAUGACGGUUCAGGUAUCCAGGUUGAACCAGUGGUUUCGCAGGGUGACGGUUCAAGUAUCCAAGUUGAACCAGUGGUUUUGCAGGAUCAACAAAUGCCAUCGGAUCAGCAAAGGCCAUCAAGAUCAGCUAAUCCACCCUACUGGCACCAAGACUUCGUUUUUGACUAAUAGUUUUAGUAAUAUGUUAAUUGUUGUUAAAACAAAGGGAGAUGUGGUAGUUUACAAAUUUGAAGAAUGAUCGAAGCAAU